AUGGCGUUGCAUGGUGGCAGUAAUAGGUGGCUUGACUGUUUGGCGGAUCGUGCUGGAUGGCGGCGUCUUGGCAUCUUCAUCUAUUUGACGACUUCACGGGGCACAGGCCCACAGGCAGGAUCUGUAUUUCUCUGUUGUUGCACUCCUUCUUCAGUUUUGUUGUUUCAGUGGUAUGAACCUCUGAACAAAUUCUUGCUCGUGAGGUCAUCUGAACUUGACAGUUCCUUACGAUUUCCGCUAAGUCCUUUUGAGUUGAUCAACGCACGCACCGAUUUUCCUCAGCUUUGUGUUGGUGUACAGGCUACUGAGAGUAACGACAAGUACGAAUUCAGCUGGGUGAAGUUUGAAGACAGAAAGAUAUUGAAUCCGACGGAAACUCUUGACGUUUCUAUGUUCAACAACGCGAAACUUGAUGUACCUGAAAAGAGGAGAACCAUUGCACUACAUUUAGCUGGUUCCCCCUUCUGCUGCAUUUCAAUCGGGCUGUAGAGACCUGAGAGAUACUUUGAGCAAAUCUCAAAGUAUGGGACUCAUGUGGG